ACCCUUCACCCGUCUCGCUUCUCUCACCCUCUCUCUCUUCUCUCUCUAGAUUUUCUCAUUUUCUCUCAGUUUCUCGGGACUUGGUCGACAGACUCACCUCUCUUCGGAUCCACAGAAAAAGCUCUCCAUUCCAUUCCAUUCCCCUCAGGAAACCAAGACUCGUUAUCUUGUCCCGGAAGGGAUUAGAUAGCCACAUCUGUCGAUUGCGUUGGUCCGUACAAAUUAGGGUUUGAUUAGAUUUUUGCUUGGUUUUUAUUUCAUUGAAUUUGAUUUUGAUUUUUGAGUCUUGAUAAUACAGGCUCUGGUUCUUUUCUUUGGUGAGAAAUUUUGUUUAUUUGAUCCAUAUAUUGUUUCAUUCAUUGCAAACCCUAGUUUUAGUUAGGAGAUUGGAUAAAAGGGGGAAAAAUAUGGUGGAUUGAUUCUUACUGUAUAGGCCAUUGAAUUGUAGCUGAUAUUUUUGAGUUCUGUACAAGAAACUCUGUGAAAUUUUUGGUGCGUUGUUUUUGUUUGCCAUCCGAAAUCGAGGGUUGUCUUGUUGGAUCUUUUCAAGCUUUUCUCUUUUCGUUUUCUUUUUUUUAAAAAAAAAAAAAAUUAACGGAGAGUCCUAGGGUUAGCGGUUUAUUCCUCUGUAGAGAAAAUCUAGGAUUAAGGUGCGAAUAGGAUGGCAUUAAAUUUUUCGCACCGUCCGAUCUUCCCGGCGCAUUUGGCCGAAGACAAUUUGGUUUCGCCCAUUAGGAUUGCUAAUGGGUAUCUUGUGGAGGGGAUACUAGAUAAGAAUGGAGAUGGGUUCUGUAAGCCGUGGCAUUCGAAUAGGGAGGUUGCAGAUUGCUUUGAUUAUGGGAGGGAUAGAGAUGAUAGGGGUGGCUCGCAACAGGAGUCAGUGUCGAAUGAUAUUCUUGAUCUUUUGCCUUCAGAUCCCUUCGGGAUGGAUAUAAGCACUACUUUCACGGCAAUUACUGGUUGGCUUGAAGAUUUGGAGGUAGAUUAUGGUGGGUACGGAACAGAUGAGAUUGGAACGAGUCAGGGGAAUUAUGAGUUGUUCGCUGGAUUGAAUUUUAUAUGGAACAAUGCUAUGAGAUUCCAGGCAUUGCCUGGGAAAGCAUGGUUGGAUGAUAAAUCUGAUAUAGCAUGUGGGUUUGGUGGGUGCACUGAGGAAAAGGAAGUGGCUGACCCAUCUUACAAUUGUAGGUUUGGGCCAAUCGGUGUUGUGGAAGAUGUUCUGAGUUCUGGGAAUGAAAAUGUUUGUGGUGCCAGCUGUCAAGCUGAAGAAUUCCGGGAGUUUAAUGGAAGUUGUUAUGAUGGAGAUGGGGCAGCUCCUCAUGCAGCUGUUUCUUUUGCCCUUGGUUAUCUAGGUUUGAGGGACCUACUUUCUGUUGAAGGGGUUUGUAGAUCUCUGCGAGCUACAGUUCAAAGUGAUCCCCUUUUGUGGAGGAGUAUCCAUGUAGACCAGCCAUUGAACGAGAGGAUUACAGAUGAUAUUCUUUUACAAUUAACUAGGAGGGCUCAAGGCAACCUGCAGUGCUUACACCUGGUGGAAUGCCCAAGAAUUACAGAUGAUGGUCUGAAGCGAGUGCUUGAAAGUAAUCCAAGGUUAACCAAGCUGUGUGUGCCUGGAUGUACAAGACUCAGUAUUGAGGGAGUUGUAAAUAUGCUAAGAGCUUUCCAGUCUACUGGUACGCCGGGUAUAAAGCACCUAAGAAUUGGUGGACUCUAUGGUGUGGCACACAAGCAUUUUGAAGAGUUGAAGCUCUUGCUGGGCAUUGAUAUUCAUGAACAGAAGAAUGCUCACAAGCCUCAUUUUUAUAAUAGGGGAAACUUUUAUCUCUUGGGUGACGAUGAUCGUGCCAUUGAUAUUGAAACGUGUCCAAGAUGCCAGAAUUUGAGGCUGGUUUAUGAUUGCCCAGCAGAUGGUUGUCAAGUGAAAGAAAAUGCUGCUCAGGUAUGCAGGGCUUGCACACUUUGCAUCGCACGAUGUGUUCAGUGUGGACGCUGCAUUAAUGACGGUGAAUAUGAAGAGACAUUUUGUCUGGAAUGGCUUUGCUCAGAUUGUUUUAAGCAGCAACCGCAGUGCCAAGAGACUUCUAACUUAUGUCUUCAUGGCUAGAGACUUAUAGUGCUUUUGUCUUCUGGUUUCACAUUAUGGAUGAGAAAUUGCGUAAUUAGGCUAUCCAGAUAUCAAAAGGAAAAAAAAAAUCUGAGGCAGCUGUCAAGCAUUAUGGUUCCCUUCGUUUGCCAUUAUUGCCUUGUGAUUCAGCUGGCUCUGUUGGAUUGUGCCUUUUGAUAGUCUUCAAGCUUUGAUGUGCUGCCCUGGGAAUCAACUGAGCCCAAGAUUACUGUUUUUAGAAAAGCAAAAAAAAAAAAAAAAAAAAAAAGAGAAAAAGGGAGA